GGAGGGCGGGGGGGUGACGAGCGAUGGUAGCUGGAAACCUGGGUUCUGGCUUCCUUGGCGGGAUGUCUUGGGCCCGCUGCCGAGCGCUACACGCGGCGCUGCGGCUCGCGGCUGGGCCGGCGAGGCGGGGGCUCAGUGCACGACCGGUGCCGCAGGAGCCCGGGAUGGAGUACCAGGAUGCUGUGCGGACCCUCAACACCCUUCAGACCAAUGCUAGCUUCCUAGAGCAAAUCAAGCAAGAACGGGGAAACCCACAGGUCCAGCUAGAAGCCAUGAAGGAUUAUUUGGUCCGAAGCGGGCUGCAGAUAGAGGAUUUAGAUCGACUGAAGAUCAUCCAUGUGACUGGGACCAAAGGGAAGGGCUCCACUUGUGCCUUCACAGAACGUAUUCUCCGUGGCUAUGGUCUGAAAACUGGAUUCUACAGCUCUCCUCAUCUGGUACAGGUCCGGGAGCGAAUCCGUAUUAAUGGUGAACCCAUCAGCCCGGAGCUCUUUACCAAAUACUUCUGGCGGCUCUACCACCAGCUAGAGGAAACUAAGGAUGACACUUGUGUCAGCAUGCCCCCUUAUUUCCGCUUCCUUACCAUCAUGGCCUUCCACGUGUUCCUCCAAGAGAAGGUGGACCUAGCAGUGGUGGAGGUUGGCAUUGGUGGUGCUUAUGACUGUACCAAUAUUGUUAGGAAGCCAGUGGUCUGUGGGAUAUCCUCUCUGGGCAUAGACCACACCAGCAUCCUGGGUGACACUAUUGAGAAGAUUGCAUGGCAGAAAGCAGGCAUCUUUAAGCCUGGAGUUCCGGCCUUCACUGUGUCCCAGCCAGACUCCCCCCUGGAAGUCCUGAAGGACCAAGCACGACAGUUGCAGUGUCCAUUGUACCUGUGCCCCUCACUAGAAGCCUUCGAGGAAGAAGCAGAGCUACUUCAACUGGGUCUGGCAGGUGAUCACCAGCGGAGCAACGCUGCCCUGGCCCUGCAGCUGGCCCGGUGCUGGCUCCAAAGACAGGGCCACAAGGGUAUUGGGGAACUGAGGGCAACCAGGCUGACCUCCCGGCGAUCUCUGCCCUUGGCUCCUGUGUUCCAUCCUACCUUGCCUAUGAAGCAGGGGCUUCGGCACACAGAAUGGCUAGGCCGAACACAGGUACUGAGACGAGGAGCCCUCACCUGGUACUUGGAUGGAGCACACACCACUAGCAGUAUCCAGGCUGGGAUAAAAUGGUUCCGCCGGGCAGUACUUAACCAGGAGAAGCCUGUCAAUGGCCCCGAGGUUCGGGUUUUGCUCUUCAAUGCCACUGGAGAACGGGAUACAGCAGCACUACUCAAACUGCUGCAGCCAUGCCAGUUUGAUUAUGCUGUCUUCUGCCCUAACCUGACUGAAAUGUCUCCUGUAGGGAAUGCAGCUAUGGUGCUGAUAAGGUCUUAUCCCACUCUUCUGUCUCCCUUUCUUCUGACUCCAACCCCCCCAGACCAGCAGAAUUUUACAGUCACCCUGGACCACAUGCUGACACGGUGUCUAGAAAACCAGAAACAGUGGAACCAGCUGGCAGAGGAGAAGGCAGGACAGGACCCCUGGUUGGCGCAGGCCCCAGAACCCAGCACUGGACCCCUGCACGGGCCUCUUCUCCUGGUCCCUCCAGCUCCUCGGCCUCUCAACACCAACUCCCUUGUCUUCAGCUGCAUUUCCCAUGCCCUGCAAUGGAUCAGCCAGGGCCGGGACCCCCACUUUCGGCCCUCUAGUCCUCCACGGGGGCUUCACUCCCACCCUGUGGCCAGUAGUGGAGCUGUCCUCCUCAAGGAAGCCUCCUCCAUCCAGGUGCUGGUCACUGGCAGUCUUCACCUGGUGGGUGGGGUCUUAAAGCUCUUGGAUCCCACCCUGUCCCAGUAAUGGGGCUGGAGCUCGUUCCUGGAGGGGAACAGUUCCCUCUGCCUGUGGCCUUUUCAUUCCCAUUCCUUCUCUUCCCCAUCUUUCCCAAACUCCUCCACUUCCGACAGGUGCCUUUUUCCUUCUGCUUUUGAACUUUCCAUGGCAUCCUGCUUUGAGGAAGGGGAAGUGAAGUGGGGAGGUGAGAGUAGGGAUGAGAAGGACCCUCCCCUUAGAAGGGAGCUGUGUGCCCCGGGUCCCUCUCCUGGGAGGCCAGGUCAGGAGUGGCAGGCUGUUUGAGCCAGGCCAGGCUCAGGUGGCCACAGCUCAUCUCACUGGAUUAAGACUGAGCAGGAUUCCUGGGUCUUAGGCCCCACAUAUCCUUCUGACUAACAAGCUGUGCUGACUAUGUAAGUCCCUUGAGGCAACACCCUGUGCCUCAGUUAUCCUGUUACUGGAAAGUGGGAGGGUGAACCUCUCCAACCACUGCUGUUACCACCCUCUCCUCCCCCCAUCCCCAGCACUGCCCUAGAGGGCACCCAGACUCUGACACCCCAGCCCCCGCCUGGGUGUCCUCGGGAGCCCGGAAGCUGUGGAGCCGGAGGCCUUCCUGGCCUGGGCCCAGUGCAUUGUGUGAGCAGGCUGGCUGGAGGCCCAGGGCCCUGCUGCUUGAUAGAUUUCCUCCUCCCUGAGGGUUCUGGGAAGGUGGUGAACCCUGACCCUGGGUGGGGUUUGGCCCUAAGAAGGGGGCGGAGCAGACUCAUGGAGUGCAAGAUGAUAAUGAGUUGAAAGCUUUUUUUUUAAUUAAAAAUCUUUUUCCAAGAGA